AUGGAGCGCGUGAACGCCGUGGAGCUCCGCGAGCUGGGCAGGGACGGCAGCACGCGACAUGGCUGCCACCCUGCGGGCGUCGUCAACGCGACCUUCGAGGAGGAGGAGGAUGAAGGCGAGGUGCGGCCGCAGCCCUCGUUCCAUCGUCACCGGGAAGUACCGUCCCCACGCUCCCCUGAGCCCGAGCACGAGCCCGAGCCAGAGUACAGCGGCCAGUCCGUGGACUACGGCUUCGUUUGCGCGCUCGUGUUCCUCGUCGGUGGCAUCCUGCUGGUGGUGGUCGCCUACACCAUCCCCAGGGAGGCACGCGUGAACCCGGACCAGGUGAGCGCACGCCAGAUGGAGAAGCUGGAGAUGUACUACGCCCGCCUCGGCUCCCACCUCGACAAGUGCAUCAUCGCCGGACUCGGUCUGCUCACGCUCGGCGGGAUGCUCCUCUCCAUUCUGCUGAUGGCGUCCAUAUGCAAGGGAGAGCUGUCCCGGCGCAGGACUUUCGCCGGAACAGGGAGACCCAUGAAAUCGUACGGAUCCAUAAACAUGAGGAUGAGGCAGCUGGCAGAAGGAGACGGGAGGGACACGCUCGUGGAAUGUGAGCCUGGCGGUGAGGCACCGCAGACCGGACCACAAACCCAGUAGCACAACUGUUUUUUUGGAAUCCAGGGCCGGAUCCUUGACACGGAGUACAGCCUAAUCCACAGAAACCUGCUGGCGAUCCGUUCCUGAUAAAAACAAUACAUUACUAAGGUGUGGC